AUGCGUCCUGUCAUCCUGCUGAGCGCGCAACUGCGCUCCGCACUUCCCCGGAGCGUGCGGAGAGACCUCAACAGCAAGCUAUUUGCUCGGUUGAAGACGACCCAGAACCCUGUACCUCCGCCGAAGCCCAAUGCUCCUUUUAUUAAGCGGAAGGAGCCUCUUGCGCCCCGGAAUCCACAGACAUCUCCUACCAAGCAUGCCAAAUUGACGUUUCGCAAAGGGCCACCGGAAAAGAUCGUGGUGUAUUAUAGCGGAAAAGGAAAGACAGCUGUGGUGGGAACAUUGAAGCUCGUUUCUCUCUUAAUAUUCGGGGUUUCCUGUUUUCUUCUUGCUCCAGCAUUCGCAUCAUCGGACGAGCAUCCAUGGUACCUCGCCCCCGCAAUUGCAAUUGGCGGUACUCUUCCGAUGAUCUUCAUCCUCUACACUACAUCUCCAUUUGUCGUUUACGUGCACGUUGCCAUCCCCGCUUUUGCCCGCCGCUCUCGCGAGACUAUGAUUGAAUAUGUGAAGAACCUGCCGCCCACAGCCACCUUGUACAUGACCACCAUUCGGCCAACUUCGCUUCCUCAACAGACAGAGGUCAGGCUGGGUGACUUGGUUCUCAACAAGUCUUUGCUCCGGCCUAUAACCUUUACCAAUUCGAAGCCCGCGCCCUCUCCAUGGUGGGCAGGAAAAACCCCUCAACACUUCUACACGGAUGUGAAGGCCCAGCGCUCGACUCAAUACCCGAACUACUUCCCUGCGUUGUGGGAUAAUGUGUACAAGCAAAUCCAGAAUAAGGGCUUGAAGAAACAGAACUGA